GGCGCUCCACUCAGCACCUUCUAUGUCAGCAAGGCCAAACGCCUUUAGUCACCGUCACCGGGACCCUUUGGAUGAACCAGUUUUUCUAAUGAUAGUUCAGUCAUGUCGGCACCUGCCAUGGGGACCAGCAAAACAGCGCACAGUGAUUCCAGUAACAAGAGGAAAAAGGGACCCGGGACGCUGGCCAUCGCUUAUCUGGUCAUUUACAACGUGGUUAUGACAGCAGGAUGGCUGGUGAUUGCAGUUGGUCUUGUUCGAGCAUACCUGGCCAGAGGAAGUUACCAUGGUCUUUAUUACUCGAUAGAGAAGCCCCUGAAAUUCUUUCAGACUGGUGCACUCCUUGAGAUAUUGCAUUGUGCCAUGGGAAUUGUUCCCUCCUCGGUGGUCCUGACUGGGUUUCAAGUGAUGUCACGGGUGUUCCUCACCUGGGCAGUGACACACAGCGUUAGAGAAGUCCAAAGCGAAGACAGUGUUCUCCUUUUUGUGGUGGCCUGGACGGUCACGGAGAUCAUCCGUUACUCUUUCUACACCUUCAGCCUGCUCAACCAUCUGCCUUACCUCAUCAAAUGGGCAAGGUACACAUUUUUUAUUGUGCUGUACCCUAUGGGAGUGUCGGGGGAACUUUUGACGAUCUACGCCGCGCUUCCAUACGUACAAAAAACAGGGCUCUACUCCAUCACCUUGCCUAACAAGUACAACUUCUCCUUCGACUACCACACCUUCCUCAUCCUCAUCAUGAUCUCCUACAUCCCCUUAUUUCCUCAGCUCUACUUCCACAUGAUGCGCCAGAGGAAGAAAGUUCUGGGUCACAUGGACGAGUACAGCAAAGUGGAAUAACACGGCCCGCGGUGCGCCUCACACAGCAGACUGAUCAAGCAAACGGAAACAAGCGCAUAACCUUUAAAAGCCACACUUUACAGAUUUUCAAAAAAGAACACAAGGCCGCCUUGUCGGAAAACAGGCCAGAUAUGCAGAAUGUUUGUUAAUACUGUUUUGGUCAAGAACUGUACUACACUAAUGGCUUUUCCUCAGUUUAGAGGGAGGGGAAUGCUGUUACCAUACUAAUACAUCAGCUACUGUGUGACAUUUUUAUUUUAUUUUGAAUUCUAAAAUUACUGACCAAAUAUUGUAGCAAAUCUAAUUCAAAAAAAGGGCAAAAAUACAGUUAGUUGCAUCUGGUGGUUUAAACCAGAAGAAAUGUCCCAUAAUUCUCCUGUGUUGUGUGUUCUGUACACUGUAUUUCAGACAACUGAAUCUAGUUGACUUAAAUAUCACUCAACUCAUUCCUUUUCUUUAGAUUUGAGUGCGAGUCAUAGCUCAAACUGUACUUGUAUUCUAAUAUUCCACACUGCUUAUGUUUCCUUCAUGAUUACUGUUAGUAUUUUCUUUCUUUUGUGCUGUGUUUCUUAAAGGAGCAAUGUUAAUCGGUUGUUUUAUUCAGUAUUGGAUCUAUGUUGUUGGUUUGUGGCCGUUCGCUCAGAAAAGAGGUGUAUCGCCCAGUGAAAUUGGCUGAGUUGCUGGGUUCGGACCUCGCAGUCAAAGCUACUAAUGUACUAGAUGUGCAUUUCUGUCAUAGAAGGAGAUUGCAGCUGACACUUUAGGAGCUUUUACAGCUGGUGAUGAUGUGGAAGUGUUUGGCAGGGAGACGAGAGGGCCAUGGGAGCACAUGCUGGGCAGAAACGAACACAAGCCUCGGCUAAUGGGGGCCAAUUGGAUUUGAGUGCCUCCUGUCAUGCUUCUCCAAUGAGUAAAAUCUAAUAAUGUGGAGAGAAAGCUGGGAGUCAAAACUUACUUAACGCUUCAUUGCCCAUCUACCUAAUUGUGAACAGCCAACUUGAGCCCUUUGCCAAGCCGAUUCAUGAAAAUAUUAGCAUGGGAUGGAUGCUGGUGAAAAGCUGGAGUGCGCCUUUGAAUAACACUGCAUGUAAAUGUGGUGUGGCUGUACCUUGGUUAAUAGAAGCAUGACCCUUAACUCAAAUUAAAACGCCAACAUUGUUAAGCUUUUGAUAUUAAAGAUCUGCAUGGGUCCAGCAAACUUUGUAUGAAUAGUAAUACGAUGAUAUAUAUUUACAAUAAACCAUAACAUGGGAAGCAAA